AUGGGAGACUCUUUCAUCAUAGCUAUCGACUUUGGGACUGCAUACAGUGGAUAUGCCUUCAAUAUAACACCCAGAAAUCAAAAAACUGAGCCCUGUGUCAGACACUUUUGUUGCUUUAAGGCAGGUAUUGUGACCAAAGGAAAAGAAGAUAAAUUGGUCAUUGCACUGGAACCAGAAGCGGCUUCAGUCUAUUGUAAGAAACUUCCAUCAGAUGGUUUCAUUGCAGAAAACCUAGGGGAUGGAAAACUUGACCAGUCACCAGGAACUCAGUAUAUUGUUGUUGAUUGUGGAGGUGGAACCAUUGACAUCACUUUUCAUGAAGUCCUGGAAGAAGGAAAUCUGAAAGAGCUGCACAAAGCCUCUGGAAAUGAUCUGGGAGGACAAACUGUGGACAGAAAAUUUAAACAGUUCCUCCAAGAAAUAUUCACUGGAGUCUGGGAUGAUUAUGAAAAGAAAUUCCCCAAUGAGGCUCAGAAAAUUAUGUACGAUUUCACACUUUUCAAAAAACAUGAAGAUGAUGUAGAAAUCCCCUGCCCAUUUAACCUGGGGAAACUGGCUGAGAAAAAGAAAAAGAUUGAGAAGUACUUCAAGAAAGUGCAUGGGGCGACCUGGGAGGAUGGAUCCAUCAAAAUCUCUAAAGAGAAACUGAGAGAAUUCUUUGAAGAGAGCCUACAGGGUAUAACUAGAUGUCUCAGAGAAAUAUUGGAAAAAGACUUCAAAAUUAAAUAUAUCCUUUUAGUUGGUGGGUACGCUGACAGUAAGAUUCUACGUAACCACAUUACUGACGAGUUUGGAGAUGACUACAUUAUUCUGUGCCCAUUCAGGCCACAAGAAGUUAUUAUGAAGGGAGCUGUAGAGUUUGGAAGAAACAAGGGAGUGGUGGCAUCCAGAAAAAAUCCCUUCACUUAUGGAGUUGGGAUCUUUCAGAGGUUUGAUAAGUUCAGGCACAGGGAAGACAAAAAAUUCACCAACAAAGAUGGUGUAUGGUGUAGAGACAUAUUCAUGAAGCUGGUGGAUGUUGGUGAGGAUGUUCGUUGGAAUGAAACCAGAGAGCACACAUUGUAUCCGGUAGAAGCAGCUCAGAAAGCAAUGAGCUUUUCGUUUUAUCGCACUAAGAAAAAACAUGUAGCAUAUAUUGAUGAACCAGACACUGAGGAAAUUGGCUCAUUUAUUGUUGAGUCUCCUGACACUACACUGGGUUUGAAUCGUGAGAUCAGACUUAAAAUAAAGUUUGGCUUCACAGAAAUGACAGCAACAGGCACUGAUAGAGAGUCAGGCUCAUCACAAACGAUUAGGAUAAACUUCAUGAGGAAUUAGCAUAAAAGAUGCAUCUUUGUUGACUUU